AUGUCUGCCAUCAAUAUGGCUCCCAAGAGCUCUACAAGGCUCGGAUUCCAGAUCUUGAGUACUCUGGAUCAUAAUACCUCUGGACCAAGACUCGGGAGAAUUACUGUGGAAGGACGGAAAGAUCUAGAAACUCCAGAUUUUCUGGCCAUUACUUCUCGGGGCGUUAUACCUCAUAUGACACCAGAUGUAAUUGCAGCACAUGCACGGCUACCAGGUGUUCAUUUUGCAUUGGAAGACUUAGCUGGAGCAAAACGUACCGCCAAGAUGGGCGACAGAAGUGGGCAGUGGCUGGCUCAAUUGUUGUCUGACAAAGUCAAGGAACAGCCUGUAUUUGUACCUAUAUUACCUAUAGAUUACCAAAGUCAAUGGGAAUAUAUAAAUCAAAUAUCCGAUGAGCUCGUGGAUGAGAUCUCAGGUCUAGCUUUCUAUGACUCUAAUCUUCUUCCCGAAAUUCCAGAGACAACAACGAUGUCUUCACUCCCGCGCCUUUCUUUAGAUGAACCUUCAUCUCCUCAUCAUGUCCUCCGCCAAAUAUCCCUCGGAAUGGAUAUCUUCACCAUCCCAUUUAUCAAUUUCGCCACAGAUGCCGGAAUCGCACUGACCUUCGUAUUCCCAUCUCCAAACACCUCUCAAUCCUCAACCGAAGGUAGCUCAGUCCUUCCACUCGGUAUCGACAUGUGGACAUCAGUCCAUUCUACCUCCCUCCUCCCCCUCUCCGAAUCCUGCAAAUGCUACGCAUGCACUUCCCACCACCGCGCAUUCAUCCAACAUCUACUAUCCGCCAAAGAAAUGCUCGGCUGGGUCUUACUCCAAAUCCACAACCAUUACAUCCUCUCGGAAUUCUUCACCUCGAUACGACAGAGUAUCAAAGAAGGCACAUUCGAGAAAGACUGCGAGAAAUUCGCUAGAAUAUAUGAUAGCGAGCUUCCGGAAAAAAGCGGCCAAGGUCCUAGAAUGAGGGGUUAUCAGUAUAAAAGCGAAGGACCGGGUGAGAGAAAGAAGAAUAAAGCUGCUUGGAAUAAUUUGGGAGCUGGGGCUAGUGGCACUGGGUCGGAAGUUGCGCUUGUGCCGGAUGAGGACUCGAAAGAGCUUGAACAGAAAGGCUUUGCGGAGAAAUUGGAAAAUUAA